AUGCUGCGGACUUACUCUGUCCAGGCUUUAAGUCUAUUCUGGGCCCUGUCGCUUGCUAGCCCCGUUCCUGCUCCUGCUGCUGCCCCUACUCCUGGACCGGUGCUAUCAAAUGUCACGGCGCACGAUCUCGGGAUGACACGCAUCCCCUAUGACAAUUUGCCAGUCAAGGUUCAAUAUUAUACCGACUACGGCUGUACCAAGUACAAUACCGAGUUCGUCCUUCAAGCCUGGAAAUGCUACAACUACUCCUAUACCGGCACCCACUCGGCUAACGCGCUCUAUUGGCCUGACCGCUUCAACAAGGAAAUAUUUUAUUGCUCUUACUACUCUGGCAAGGACUGCCAAGGGUCGCGCCAGUCUUUCACGACAACCGUCACUUAUGCUCUGUCAAUAUACGGUGUAUACAGCUAUGCUGUCAAGGAGCCCUAG